AUGUGUCUCAGAUUUGGCAACAGGAUCAUAAACAAGAGGACUUCAUGUUCGUGUGGUGUGGAGCACGUGCAGCAGUCUAGGUGUGCAGAGGAGUUCAAGCUGAGGAAGAAGAAGAACGAUGAGCUCAAAACCGCAGCCAAAGACAGAGGCGAGACUAUGAGCACCAAGAGACAGCCUAAAGGACCCAAACCAGGAUUCAUGGUUGACCUUGGAGACUGUAACCCCAAUCCUUUACGACGUUGUCAACGAUCUCAAGGGAGGCAACUAGUGUUCUACUUUCUUACCCCCAGUGUUUUGGAGCUUUCAAACCAAAAUCUGAUUUUAAAUGACAGAUGUUUUGUUGUUUUUGAUAAGUUUUGUGUCUACCAGUUUUAA